AUGAGCACCUUUGACCCAUUGGGCUCAGUUUUCCCUACAGACGAACCUGCGUGGCACACAACCCCUCGCUCGCCAGCGACGCCUGUCUCAAACCUACCUCCAUCACCGCAGCACCUUGACACGUCGCGAGCCAAUGCUUUGACCGGGCCAUACGGAAAAGAGCCACAGAUCUAUGGACAGCCCGAGCCUGGUCUCAUCUCGCCGCGUAUAACCACAAGCUCUAAUGGGUCAUCGUUUGAGAAGGCGGAGCCGUAUCUCAGAGUCCGUAUCACCGGGUUGGACAGGAACAGGAGAGACAUCCUUACGAACCUCGCCAAUUUCACUGGCUCCACUUACCGGAAUGUCUCGCGAUCGUAUCUGGAGUUCCAGCAAUUCUACGAGGCGAUCAUACACACGACACCUCAAACCAUCAUACCCGCCUUACCGCUUCCGCGGACUUCAGCUCUCACCGACGAAGAGGAUGACCGGUUAGUGAGGAUUAUGCUCCAGAGGUGGUUGACUAGAAUUUGCGAGGACCCCAUUCUGAUCCACGAGGAGGAGCUUCGGUCGUUCGUUGAGAGUGAUUUUGGCUAUCAGCCCACUCCCAAUGUGCGACGCAAAGCAUCGAGUGGGUUUAGUCUAAUUAGGCCCCGCGUGCCCGAUGAAGACGAGGAGCUUCAGCGGGCUCGGUUUGAGUUGACAAAAAUGGAGGGGCAAUUCUUCGAGGCCGCAAAGGCUAUUGACAAACUUUCACGGGCGAGAAAAGCACUCGGCUUGGAUCGUGCAGAAAUGGGUAAUAAGCUAGUCAAUGUUUCUAGCACGGAGGCCCACCCCCCGCUGGGCAAUGCAUUCCAGAAGAUAGGAAGAGCAUGGCAUAGCUUGGCGGAUCUUGAUCAGGCGCAGAGUAUAAGUGAAUGUGUUAUUGUCGGAGACACACUAGGUUAUCAAGGGCUUAAUGCCCGCUCGGCUAAGGAAACCCUACAACAGCGAACAGCUGUUUUGGAGGAUUACCAGGCUGCCGUCAAGACUACGAUAUCGAAGCGACGCAAUCUUGAGCGGUUGAAAGCCAGCGGGAACAUCCGUUCGGAAAGAGUUGACGAAGCACUCGAGGAGAUGGAAGAGGCGAAUAAAUAUGAAAUAAUUUUGGCGAAGCGAGCGGAUGGCAUUUCACAGAAUCUUCAUCGCGCACUGGACAGGCACAAACGUCUGGUCAAAGAUGACGUGAGCGCAGCCCUAGUAGAGCAUGUGCGCUCGUCUAUCAUGUACGAGCGGCAGCUUCUUCGCGAACUGGAGGCCCUCAAGCCGGAUGUCAGCAAUGCCGCGAAGAAACACAUUCCCAUCAAGGUCAAUGGAGUGCCGCGGCCGUCAUUUGUUCCCCCACUAGAGGACUUCUCUAAGCCUCCUCGUCCUGCGUCUGCUGCUCCCGGUGGUACUUUCAAAGUUCCACCCGCCGUGGGAUCCGUUCCUGGCCGCGCUGCAAACGGGUCUCCGCAACCAGCCCCAUUACCUGGAUCUCCUGUCCCAUCUUUCACGGGUGGCUUUAAGAACACACUGGCUCCCCAAUCCCCAGGAGCCGGGCCGUCGUCUCCGAUUCCCUCGCACGCUUCUUUCAAUCCACCUUUGCAUGACGGACCUCCGCUUGGUGGCCGCCUCAUGGAUGGCACGAAAUCCAUGUUUGUUAAGUCAACUUCGUCAUCGUCGUCGUCCCCUACUGCCACUCUUCCACGAGCCGGUUCGCCUGCAAUGCAAGGAAGAACAGCACCGGAAUCACUACAUGCGCCGUUUUCUGCGGUUUCACACCCCCUGGGGAAUGCACCUUCGUCGCCCCUUGCGAGUACGCAUAUGGUGCGCUCGGUCACCGGUCCUACCGCUGUAGCUCCUGCAGGCAACCUAGACCCCCUGACAGGGCAGCCAGUGGUAGGCAUGUCCCAAUCUGUACGUGUGCAGCCCACGAGGCAGAGGUUGGAUGCUAGAGAAGCCGCGAGCAAACUCGCGAAUAUGUUUUAA